AUGUUUCUUGCUUUUAAUUCACCACAACCUAAUGCUCUUGUAAGCAAACCAAUAACAUCAUCAAGUACAAUUGGAGGUAUUGAGGUCUAUAUAAAAAUGAACUCUAAUAAGAACGCAAACAAACAAAUUAUUCAUAACGCACAACAACUUAGGGGUCGUAACCCAAUGAAGUAUGGUGUUUCUGGAACCAAUUCAAAAGAUAAAGAAUAUGUAAAGAAUGGAUGGAAACAAGCUAUUGAUGAUUCUGCAGCUGAAUAUAGAAAAGAAACUGGUAGACCAAGAUCAGAUAAGUCAGAGAAAAGAAGAAACACGCCAGCUGAUGUAAAGAAAGAAUAUAGAAAGUAUAUUCAUGAACUACGUGAAUUAAAGAGAGAGUACUCACCACUUACUUCUGGUUAUGUUAAAGCACCAAAGAAAGCACCAAGACCAUUAGGUCAUAGAAAACAGGUAGAAUAUAGUCAAAGAGCAUUAGAUAGGUUCAUGUCGAUGGAUAAUGAUCAAGAGCAAUUAAGAGGAAGAGAUCAGCUCAAAAGAUCAAGAAUGUAA